AUGCUACUCAUAUUUGAUCACCACUUUGGACUCUAUUGUCUCUGGACGUACAAGUCAACAGUGAAUGUGUCGCCACAGAGGCAGAAUCCUUGCAAGCUUGUUGCCCUAACUGGCGUGUGGCUUUCCCUGCUUCCCGGUGGACCAAGUGUUCCUUUAUCGUCACCUGUUCUGAACUCAAGACCACCCCUGACAGUCACGGCUGCAAUCAGCGAAGAUGACUGGUUCGUCCUACGUGACCUGCGCAGUGCUUUUGCAUUGCACUCAAGCGGCACAUCGGCAACACCAGCGCCAUCACUCCACAGCGAGCCCUUAAAGGACUGGCGUCGGCUGUCCGCCUUCAGUGGGCACGGGAGAGCGGCAAAAGUGAUGUCGCUCACGAAUCCCUUUUUCUUUCAUGUGCAGGUUGGUGGUACUUCAUCUCUUAAUUCUAAACGAUCGAACAAUUUUUGCCUGCUGCUGUUCCCGUGCCCCACAGAUUUCAGCAGUUCUGUUGCCCAGGCCAUUAAGUCUGAAAGUAUUGCGUUGGCCUCGCGUCUUGAUGAUCUAGAGGAUAGGUCACGGCGACAUAAUUUACUGUUUUUUGGCAUCCCGGACGGCGUUUCCGAGACUUGGACACAAUCGGAAGAGCAUAUCUGUGAGCUUCUCUCACGUCAUUUAAAUUUGCGUAUUACAGAUGGCACGGUGGAGAGAGCACAUAGGUUGGGUGCUUAUGUUGCAAAUAAGACACGCCCAAUCAUCGUGAAGUUUUCUUCCUUCAAAACCAAAGAAAGUAUUCUCUCACAGAAACCUAAAUUGAAAAGUACAGGUGUUUCCAUUGGCGAAGAUUUCUGCAGGGCAACGCGUUUGACACGAAAAAAACUUCUCGAAUUUGGCAAGUCUAGCGGCCAGCCUUUUUCACUUCGUUUUAAUAAAGUAGUCAUCAGCAAUAAAGCCUACAUAUACAGCGCAGUCACUGACACUGUUUGUGAACUGGUAUCCCCUAGAGAGGCGCGUGCAGGUCCUACUCGCAAAGCACCUGCUAACCCAGCGCAUGACAGAUCGGCGUAG